AUGGAGGCGCUGUCCGUCUUCAUUGUUGGGCUUCUGCAGCUGCUGGGCUACUCGUACUUUAUGUCACAGCCGGAGGAUCAGUGCUCACCGGCUCCUUGCCUGGGCAGCUGGCUCUUUCUGCUGGCCACGCUCUGUUUCCUGUGGGACCUGAGCAUAUAUCCGCGCCGCUUCAUGCACAUGGCCUGGCAAUGUCAGCUGUUAGUCGAGAUUGUGGCUGGCCUAUUUCUGGCAGAGAUAGCGAUGCUGCGCAUUUGGUGCGGUCUCGAGCAAAUUAUCUAUUGGCUGACGGAGCAGUUAAUUCAUGCGCUUCGAAUAGACGACUGCCGGCACGGACUGCACCAGUACUGCCUGCACGGGUUGACCACCGUGACCGUGAGCGGUGCAAUUGUGUGGUUUGUAAUCAGAGCUACCGAUGUACCCUACUAUCUAAAGUGCUAUGUGCACAAGAUAAAGCGCGACGGGCAGCAUGUGAUACGCAUCCUUGGCUGCAUUGGCCGAAUGAACAGCUGCGAGAGACGUCGCACUCUGAGAGUCUGUAGGCGGGCCCUAUUUUCAAGAUAUGGCGAGACUACCAGUUCUGAGGGUGAGGAAGAUGGCGACGGAGAUGGGGUCGAGUAUGGGAAUGGUGGUGCCGAUGAGAUUGGGGAUGGAAUUGAGGAUGAGGAUGAGCUUGAUGACGUGGAUGGCAUUUGGGAUAUGGAGGAGGAUGAGUUCGACAAUGAGUACACCGAUGAAGAUGGGAUUGAUCAAGACGUUUAA